CCUCCUUCCGCUCCGAUUUCCAACAGCGCGGGGCUGAAUGGCCUACCCCUACGCUACCCGAGUGGAGGAGCCGGCUGUUAUUCAGUGCCGCAAGUCUCGGUGACUUGCUCUCCUUCUGUCAGGACCCCUACACCGGCCCGCGCGGGAGGAGCGGGGCCUUUGAGGGGAGCGGCGACCCCGCCGGCCCCGGUCUCUUUCCCUGGCGGCAUCGGCUUCUUCCGUGGGACAAUAUGUUCAAGAGAAUGGCCGAAUUUGGGCCUGACUCCGGCGGGAGAGUGAAGGGGGUUACUAUUGUUAAACCAAUAGUUUAUGGUAAUGUUGCUCGAUAUUUUGGGAAGAAAAGAGAAGAAGAUGGGCACACCCAUCAAUGGACAGUAUAUGUAAAACCGUAUAGAAAUGAGGAUAUGUCAGCAUAUGUAAAGAAAAUCCAGUUUAAAUUACAUGAGAGCUAUGGCAACCCUUUAAGAGUUGUUACUAAGCCUCCAUACGAAAUUACUGAAACUGGAUGGGGUGAAUUCGAAAUAAUCAUCAAAAUAUUUUUCAUUGACCCUAAUGAAAGACCUGUAACCCUGUAUCAUUUAUUAAAGCUGUUCCAAUCAGACACCAAUGCAAUGCUGGGGAAAAAGACAGUGGUUUCAGAGUUCUAUGAUGAAAUGAUAUUUCAAGACCCAACAGCAAUGAUGCAACAAUUAUUAACAACAUCUCGUCAGCUAACAUUAGGAGCCUAUAAACAUGAAACAGAAUUUGCAGAACUUGAAGUGAAAACCAGAGAAAAAUUAGAAGCUGCCAAGAAAAAAACAAGCUUUGAAAUUGCUGAGCUUAAGGAGAGAUUAAAAGCAAGUCGUGAAACUAUAAAUUGUUUAAAAAAUGAAAUCAGGAAACUUGAAGAAGAUGAUCAGACAAAAGACAUAUGAACAGUUCUGAGGAGAACGUGGUAGUAAACUAAAUUGAAAGUAAGGUGGACUUCAAUGGAGAAAUGGACUUACUGCGAAUGCUAUGAUGUUUCUUAGAGGGACUGUAUAUGUCAUUGUUGACCAUGAAUUUCUCAGCAAUGAUGUCAUUUGUUCUAUUCAAGCAAUCUUUAAUAACAAAUAUAUAUGUAUAAUAAGAAUGGAUGCUGGGCAUUUUAUAAACCCAUUUUAGGGAAAGUGUAUGAUAAGCACAAUUUUAAAAAAAUUUUAUUGGAAUAUAUGUGUAGCUUAUUUUCCUUUUGACAAGCAUCAAAAUUUCAUUAUAAUGUAUAACUUGUACAAAUUUUGUACUUCUCUAGUAGUUGUAAUUAGUGAUGAGUAUGUAUAUUUCAUUUAUUCAAGUUCUUACUUGCCCCUUCUACCUCUUUUGUAUAUAAUAUGACCAGUAAGUAUUCAAUAAAUGUAUCUUAUAGAUCCUA